GCUCUCAGUGCCGUCCGGGCUGAAAGCAUCAGAGCUAUUUCAGACACAUUAAAAGGAUCGCAGUCCAUACCUCAGCUGGUAGAAGAAGAUACCUCUUUCAACAUCAAAAGGAGGUGCACGUACUCACUUGACGGUUUGGAGCUUUUCUUAUAUAAGGAUAAGCCUCUGUCUUAAAAAUGUCAAAACAACCAGCAUCACAUGUCAAAGCCAUUCAGGCUAAUAUUAACAUCCCAAUGGGAGCAUUUCGACCUGGUGCAGGCCACCCUCAUAAAAGAAAAGAACUUACACCUGAAGAAGUGGAGGAGAAUGUUCCUGCUUCAGCAGAGGAGGAGAAAGACAAGAAGCAUCUCCCAGGAGCUAAGAAACUUCCAGGUCCUGCUGUCAACUUGUCAGAGAUUCAGAACAUAAAGAGUGAACUGAAAUUUGUCCCUAAAGCUGAACAAUAGUUGGAACGUGCAGGUCUAAUGAGAGAAACUGAAUGGAUUCCAAUGCAUGGAGGUGACUUGAAAUAUUCUGUAUAUUUGUAUGAAGACUGUGAACUUCCUAACUCUGCAACACCCCAUAGGAAGCAUCUUCUUUGUACAUUUAUAUCAACGCUUUCUUGUUAUCCAUUUUGUUUAAUGUAGGAAAGUACUGAUGAAAUAAAAGAGAACACAGUAAUUAGCACUGAAUGUAUAUAUAUUCAGGAAUGAUUUUUGACCUAAGAACAGGGAAUACUCUAAUUUGAAGUUUGAGCAAAAGUGGAAUAAACUCCAAAAAACCACAGCCCUAUAUUAUUUGCAAUUAAUUUGGUUUCUUGCCUUUUGAAAAAAAAUAAAAUCCAUAUGUAUGAAAGUGCUUUAAAAUUAUUUGACAGAAUGCAGAAUAAAUGAGGACUGUAAUAUCUAAUUUCCUGUUGUGAACUCUUGGUUAUAGAGCAGCAAUUAUGUAUCACGUGUAAUAAAGGAAAUGCAAAUAUUAAAAGGGAUAGUCUUUCUGGUAAGGUUAGCUAAAGUCUUCUUUUGUUGUAGAACUAAAGUAUUUUUUUUUUUAAUAAUCUGAAAUGCACUGGUGUUCUGAUAUUUAUGUAUCACCUUUAGUUUAUACAGUGAAAAUACAAGAUGUGACCUAGCUGACAGAAAGCCUGCAAUAGGUCAUGCAGCCUUGAUGGAACAUGCUUCUCUACAUAGGCUGAAGGAUCAAUAUGUUCAAAAACCCAGAUAAAAAGGGGACAUUGAAAUACCAAUGCUGAGCAUAAAUCAU